AUGCAGUAUACACCCUUCGCCUCUGAUAUAGAACUUCCUUUCUAUACGUCCUUGGCUUCGCUGAAGAUAAACCAUGACAAACUUGAUGACUCCGCUCGUAAGCUGCUUGGGCUUUAUGAGAUCAGAUCUACUGAUCGCCCGGAGGCUUCAUGCCGUAUGCAAAUUCAUGGAACUGCGUUGACCCGAGAUGAAGUACCAUUUGGCUACUAUAGGGCAGAAGGGAUGAUAAAGAAUGUCAACACCAUUGAAGAAUACCACAAUAUUGACAGGAAUGCCCUUUUGCUACAAACAGGAAAGAUGAUAUGGGAUGCAAUCAAUGAUGAGACCAUUUAUUCAUGCCCAUCCUUGUUAGUUUCAUUCAUUGUGCUUUCAUUUGCGGAUCUGAAAAAGUAUAAAUUUUCAUAUUGGUUUGCUUUUCCCGCAAUCCAUUCCGCACCGUCAUGGACAUCCGUAAUGGAUCCGAAGCCGUUGACAGGCAACGAAAGUUCUACCCUCGUUGACGCAGUUCAAACGUGGCGAUAUGGAGUUGAUGCCCGCCAACACGGGUUCUUUCUUGCUAGGAAGGAUUGGCACGUGGUCAACAGUCCAUCGGACGGCACUGUGCUUAACAAAGCGCACGUCGAUAACCAGCAAUCCUUAUCACCAAUUGCUAAAGAACUCGGCUUUUCCUGGAAAAUCUCAUCCAUUUCAGACUUUGAAACCGGAUUUUUCCACGAUGCUUUGCCUGAGGAUUGUUUUGUGUGCUUCGCUGAUCCAUCGAACUACCCAGAUGCUCCAGGUUGGAUGUUGAGGAACCUUUUGGUUCUCGUCCGCCAGCGAUGGAAGCUUAACGAAGUCUACAUUCUUAGAUAUCGUGAUGUUCAAUCGAAAAGGGAUCAAGGGCGAAGUGUUGUCUUAAAAUUGAGAUCAGAUACAGCUCAUCUCGACCCGAAUGACUCACGGCUCGGGUCUCAAAUGCCCAUGCCCAAAGUCACUGGGUGGGAACGAAACGCUGCGGGGAAAUUAACCGGAAGAGUCACUAACCUCACAGAAUAUAUGGAUCCUAGAAGGCUGGCUGAUCAAUCGGUGGACCUGAAUUUGAAACUUAUGAAGUGGAGGAUCAGCCCUAACCUGAAUCUCGAGAAUAUUAAAAAUACAAAAUGUCUCCUGCUGGGCGCAGGGACUCUGGGAAGCUACGUUGCGCGCAAUUUAUUGGGAUGGGGUGUUCGAAAAAUUACGUUUGUAGAUAAUGGAACAGUGUCAUUCUCCAACCCUGUGAGACAACCACUUUUUGGAUUUAAUGACUGCUUGGGAGGGGGGGCUAAAAAAGCCCUUCGCGCAGCCGCCGCUCUUGAAGAAAUCUAUCCAGGUGUCGACGCAUCUGGUUAUGUGCUCUCCGUCCCAAUGCCAGGCCAUCCAAUAACCGAUGCUUCGAAGGCCGAACUAGAAUUUAAAGAACUCAAGAAGCUCGUUGAUGAACACGAUGCGAUCUUUGUUCUGUUGGAUACUCGAGAGGCCCGGUGGUUACCAACCGUCAUGGGAAAGGCAACCGGGAAGAUAGUGAUGAAUGCAGCGCUGGGUUUCGACACGUAUGUUGUAAUGCGUCACGGGGUUGAAAAUUGCUCGGCGCCAGAGACAGAACUGGGAUGCUACUUUUGUAAUGAUGUUGUUGCUCCAGCUGAUUCUAUUAAGGACCAAACAUUAGACCAGCAGUGCACAGUAACUCGUCCCGGUAUAGCUGCAAUAGCAUCUGCCUUGUUAGUUGAGUUGUUUGUAUCUGUUUUGCAGCAUCCAGAUGGUCCAGCCGCUCCUGCAUCCAUCCCCAAACAAGAAAGUCGGACCGAUCACCCUCUUGGAAUUGUACCUCAUCAAAUUAGAGGAUUCUUGUCUAAUUUUUCGAACGUGAUCGUGUCCGGGAAGAGCUACAACUGUUGUAGUGCUUGUUCGGGUAACAUAAUGGAUGCCUACAAAAACCAUGGGUGGGAUUUCGUUCGUAAGGCAGUAAAUGAACGUAAUUAUGUUGAAGAGUUGAGCGGUUUGAAAGAGGUAAGUCUCUCCUUGAAAAAACGGGUUGUAAUUGGAACUAAAUUCCACAGAUCCAGCGUGUAG